GAGAGAAGUAGUAAAGAAAACAUACAUGGAAUUGGAAAACUCGGAGUCGUCGUAUCCAGGGUCUGGGAAUUGGCACAUCCCAAUUGAUCUGUUCGGUUCCAAAAAACAUGCCGGAGUUCUUGGUGGCGUUCUGGCGUUCGCCGAUGCAUCCGGUAACAUAGUCUUCAGGGUGAACCGCCACCCACCCAAUCCCAACUCAUCGCCCCCUCCAAAGGACAAGAAACUCUUGCUCGAUGCCGCAGGCAAUACCAUCUUCUCAAUCUACCGUCACCAAAAUGGGUGUUGGAAAUGUUAUAAGGGGGUCAACGAUGGGAACAAGGAGUUGGUGUUUAGAGUGCAAAGGACCCUCAAAACGCUUACUAAAGUUGAAUUAGAGGUAUAUUUCGAUGGCGAGAAUUCCACCCAUGAAGGUUGUGACUUGAAAGUGAAGGGUUCCCCUUUCCAGAAAUCAUGUUCAAUCUAUAAAGACGCUGACUUGGUGGCACAGACUAGCCUGAUGUACAAGCUUCACCAAAUAUAUGUCAGUAGGGGUAAAUUUCGCCUAACAAUUUUCCCUGGGACUAUUGACCAUGCUCUUAUUGUGGCUUUGUUUGUAAUAUUUUUGAAUGGGAGAAAAUAAUGUCAUUAACAGACGGCAUGCAAUUGCAAUUCUUUUUUAAUGAGUUAUAUGAAUAUGUAACUUAAGC